AUGAAUAAAUAUAUAGCAUUUAUUGUACCUCUUAUAAUUUUAUUACUAAAUAGUAUUAUCAUAAAUGCUUCAUCUAAUAAUAGCAAAGAUAAAUGUACACCUGAUUUAAAAAUAUCAUGUUCUCAUAAAUGUUGUAAAAAAAAAUUAUCAUUUCUUCAAGAAUGUUGGGAAAACUAUAAGAAAUAUAGUGAAAUAAUUAGUAAUCAUUUAAAAAAUGAAAAUAAUAAAAAUCAAAUAUCACAAGAUCACAACAUGGAUUCAAUGGAACAUAGCGAAUCGAUGCCUAUGUCUUUUCAAUUUUCAACACAUACUAUUAUCUUAUUUAAAUCAUGGGAAACUUUAAGCGAUGGAUCAUACUUUAUAUCUUUAAUAAUUUGUUUUAUUUUUGGUUUAAUAUCAGUUAUAUUAAAAGUAUUAAGAUUGUACAUUGAAAGAUCACUACCAAAAACAAAUGAUACAAAUGUAUUUACAAGCGAAGUAUUAUUUAAAAAUAAUACUAUUAGAAUGGUUUUAUCUUUUGUCAUAUAUUCAUGGGAUUAUUUAUUAAUGCUAAUAGUUAUGACAUUUAAUGUGGGAUUAUUUUUCUCAGUUAUUUUUGGUUUAUCUUUUGGAUUUUUCUUAUUCGGUAGUCAUUUUAUUACUUCAAAAAAAUGUGCAACCACUGAUUUAGAUAUUCAUAAACAAUUCUAUGGAGACCCAGCAUGCUGCGGAUGCUAA